AUGUCAGAGGCAGCCGGAGACACCAGCUCCAAAAUCACCACCAAGGACUUACAGGAGAAGAAGGAAGUUGUGGAAGAGGCGGAAAAUGGAAGAGAAGCCCCUGCUAACGGGAAUGCUAAUGAGGAAAACGGGGAGCAGGAGGCUGACAAUGCGGUAGAUGAACACGAGGAAGAAGGUGGGGAGGAGGAGGAGGAGGAAGAAGAAGGUGACAGUGAGGAAGAGGAUGGAGGUGAAGACGAGGAAGCUGAGUCGGCUACAGGCAAGCGGGCAGCUGAAGAUGAUGAGGAUGAUGAUGCUGAUACCAAGAAGCAAAAGACCCACGAGGAUGACUAG